AUGUUGAAGAACGUUGAAUUAGAUUAUAUAAAUAAAUUAAAAAAUGAGAAGAAAGUUGUUGACGAAAAAGUUAUCAGAAAUGAUUGGUCACAAACAAAUAACAACUUGUUUUUUACAUUGUACAAAAAAGAGGUUGAAGAGAAAAAUUUUUUUUACUACAUAAAAAAUGACUACAUGUCCUUAACCCUUUGGAUUAACGAUGACGAAAUAUACCAUUUGGAAAAAUAUUUCUUUUCAAAUAUUAUACCACAACAAACAAAAAUAAACUUAACAAAGAUGAAAAUUGAAAUAAUCCUGGAAAAAGAAGUAAAAGGGGUACCUUGGGACAAUUUUACAAAAAUGAACAGUGAUGAAUGUGACGGAGAAAAAAACAAAGUCGUAAAUCCGUUUGCCGGAAAAAGUGUAGAAGAGUGGAACGAAAUAACAAAGCUUAUAAAGGAAGACAAAGACGAAAGCGUAGAUUAUUUUUUUAAAAAAAUAUAUAAUGAAGGAGAUGAUGACACAAAGCGCGCCAUGAUUAAGUCAUUCCAAACAUCAGGAGGUAAAGUUUUAUCCACCAAUUGGAAGGAUGUUAAAAAUAAACAAUAUGAACAAGAUAUAUGA